CAGAAGAAGAAGAAACACGACAAUAAGUUAAACAAUGCGCUUAUUGUUAUUAUUUUACUUCAGCUGUUUAUUAAUUUAAUUAGUAACGCGAUUAAACUGCGGAUUACAGAAGAAUGUGAGAGAUGGAGAAGGUGAGUGAUGCCCUGCAGGUGUCUCUCAGUGUGGUGGGAGCGUUGGAGUGUGUGGUGCGGCGGUGUGUGGGUCCGAGUGGAGGGACGGUGAUCUUCACCAGAGACACAGGAGAGACACUCAUCACCAAACAUGGACACACCGUCCUCACCACACUGCACCUGGAGCAUCCUAUAGCCAGGAUGGUGUUGGAGUGUGUGUGCGCACACGAGGGCGUUACAGCCGACGGUUCGAAGUCGUUUAUCCUCCUGCUGGCUGCGCUGCUGCGGGGGAUCCGUGACUCUGUGCACGACUCCACACACACACACCGCCGCCACGCCGUCAGGAAACUGGCCAAUCAGCUUCACGUCUUCUGCUGGGAUGGUUUGGAUGAUGUCAUAGCUCAUGGUGUCGUUCCUUACGCCUCGUCAUUGUUCGCUACUGGUGGAUAUGAGCCAGAAGGCGGAGUCUUGGCCGCGUUAGUAGGCGGGUACAUCGGUGGGCGUGUCAGUCCUGGACAGGUCGAUGUUCUCACGCCGCUGUUGUGUGAGCUCUACACGAGGGUCGCACACAGAGACGAGGACGGCGCAGCCAUCUCAUUUAUUAACUCGAACUUCUCUGAGCUGCACGCGGCCGUGUCGGGACUCCACAGCGCCCAGUCACGCGUGGUGGAAGGUCUGCUCCUGGCUUGUGAUUGGUCCGUUUGGAAGGAGACCGACGCCCCGGUUAAGGUACUGAUUGUUUUUGAGAAAUUAGACGCACUUUAUGACGAGAGUGUGAGUGUUCAGCUUCAGGAGGGUUGGACGGUUCAGAGUGACCGCAUCAUACAGGAAAGAUUAGCGGCGACUCUGCGCGUCCAGGUGAGCAUCGUGCUGUCGGCGGUAAAGCAGUCGGACCGUGUGCUGGAGUGGGCGUGGCUGAACGGUGUCUUAGUGCUGGAACGCUGUGAUCCGGGACAGCUGGACCUGCUGUGUGACCUCACCGCGGCAGAAACGCUCACUGUACAGCCGCGGAUACGCGUCGGGACGUUAACACACUGCCGUCGAGUUCAGCUUGGGGGACACAAGUACGCUAACAUCGGGGUCACGCACACGUCAGUACACGUACACACCCUGGUGCUGUGUGCGCCCUCUGCAGGACCGCUCGAACAGAGCGUGAGCAUCAGUCGAGGCGUGUUCUCCAUGCUGCAACAUCUGAGUCAGUCUCACAGACACAACAACGUCUCACUGCGUCCCCACCAGCAGAGGGUUGUGUCCACGCCCCCUCUUACAUCCUUGCCCUCCCUCACCUCCCCUCCCCCUCUCGCGCCCCCAUCGCCCCAUUCACCGUGUCAGAACCUGCGCAGGUGCAUUUUAACCAAUGGUGAUGUCAUCCCUGUGGGAGGAGCUUUCGAGUUUCUGUUCCGUCACUCCUUGCUGCACAGUAACCACGGCGACCCCGAGAGCCGCAGACUCCUUGCCGAGGCCGUACUGAGCGUGCCCAGAUCUUUGCACACACACACACCUAGAGAUUUCCUGCAGCGUCUCGUGCGCUUCAAAAACACACUGCCGCAGGACCGACCCAUCGGUGCGCACGGCUCGGGGUCAGAGUUCACGUGGGGUUUGGGAGCAGACGGCUCCGGCCGCGUGUGUGUAGAAACGGUCUGUAGUAAACACCAGUUGGUGGCGUCUGUGCUGCAGUGUGUGAACAGACUGCUGCGCGUGGAGACGGUGAUACACACAUCACGGUCGCUCACACUCGCAGCAUUGCCCGAGCCUGGCAGCGACGAGGACGAAGAUGAUGAUGAUGAUGAUGAUGAUGAUGAAAUGUAACAGUGUAUUUAUGUUUUAGUUUAAAA